AUGGCGCUCCCCGCAACUCCGAAAGCCUCUCUCCCACGUCUAGACCCAUCCGAGAAUCAAGCCCAUACGCACAACCAGACAACUCAGAGUCAGGUAGCUACCAACACGAAUAACCAGAUACUUCCAGCCCCACUAGGCGGCAUUACAGAUCCUGCUUUAUACACCACUCGGAACUGUAUACUCUCCGGCGCCUCAGGCGACAGAACAUAUAGUGAUUUCUACAAUUCUCAGAACCAGAUAGCCCCCUCAGCAAGCAGCAGUACAAAUCCUGGGUUUUACAGCACCGAGAGCACCUACAAUCGGACAGUUCCCACCCCACCAAGUGGCAUCUCAAAUUCUGCUUUGCAUACUACUCGGAACCAGACAACGGUCCCCUCGGCAGGCAGCAGUAUAAAUCCUGGCCGUUGGGAUCCAGAUCCCGAUCCCGAUCGGAAGGCGCCCAACUCACCAGGCGAAAGUGCCCACGAAGAUCCUACCACAACUCAAGAGACCGACAUGAAUGCCUUUCAGAUCCCCGGCCUAAAUGUUCCUCCCUCUGCUCCGGCUGCUCAACCUGCACAAGAACAACAGCAGCAGCAGCCAGAGAAUGUGACCCCACCGACACAGGAAGCACAAGAAGCCUCGCCAACCAUAACACAGUCAAGCCCACCGCCAUCUCAACCUCAGGAAGCCCCUCCAACCACACCAAAGCCAAGCCCACAGCCGUCUCAAACCAAAGAUACCACCAGCGGUCCUCCCCCCAUCCCUGCCCAAGACCCUUCCCGAGACGCUUCACCAGAAGCCGAGACCAACGCCCCUCCAACAGGGCCACCCACCCGUUUCGAACUAGAGCUGGAAUUUGUCUCGCUCCUUUCCUCUCCUCUCUACCUAAAUCAACUCGCUGCCCAGAAGUACUUCUCGAAACCCGAAUUCGUCAAUUAUUUGAAGUACCUGCGAUACUGGCUUCAGCCCGAAUACGUGCGAUUUCUGCAGUAUCCCGCUCCCACCAUCAUGGCGCUGAAGAUGCUGCAGGAGGAGAAGUUCAGGAGGGAGAUAUUGAGUCCGGAGAUCGCGGGGAGGUUGAUGAAGCAGUGGGCAGAGGCUGCGACCGAGGCGAGGUGA